AUGGUGCAAUACAAGCUCUACUACUUCGGCGGUCGAGGACUUGGAGAAGUUAUACGUCAGGUAUAUAUUUACAUUGUCCCCAGCGAGGCAGGUGGAUUCACUAUGCCGUUCGGAAAUCUACCAGUACUUGAAGUCGAUGGCCAACAGAUUCCACAGUCACAAGCCAUCGCGCGUUACGUAGCUCGAAAAUACGGAUAUGCUGGCAAAACACCUUAUGAGGAAGCGAUCGUCGACGCACUAGCUGAUCAAUACAAGGAUUUCUACGUAGAGAUCAAGGGUUUCUACUAUCCGGCUAUGGGACUUGCAAAAGGCGACGUCGUAUGUUACUACUUCUUUGGAUAUCUUGCUGGAAACGAUCUCACAUACGCGGAUUUGAUCUUGGCUGAACACGUCUUCAGCAUUCGCACCGUCUUUCCUGACUACACGAAUGGAUUCCCAGAGGUUGAAGAACACUAUAGAAAGGUCACCUCCGUGCCGAAACUGAAGAAGUGGCUUGAUGAACGUCCGAAAACCAGUUUUUAA